CUUGGUGUUAUAACCUAAAUUUCUUGCAUUGAUAAGUCAAUGAAAUACGGAGUCUUGUCUUUUUGAUCCUUGAACGUGGUGUCAAAAAUAAUUGAUAUUAUAGGUUUUACAAAUAUAAUAAUUAUCAAACAUUAAUAUUAUAUAAUGGAAGAAUUGUAUUUAUAAUUGUGAUAUUAAAAGUUAUUGUAAAUAUGGGUGAUUCCGAUGAUGAGUGUUUUGUAACUUAUGGCGAGCCUUUGGAGCCAUUAGAUGAAGAUAAUUUACCAAGAAAGAAAGCACAAACAAUAGAAGAUCAGUAUGCAUUGGAUGAUCAAGGAAGACGUAGAUUUCAUGGAGCAUUCACUGGAGGAUUCUCAGCUGGAUAUUUUAAUAGCGUAGAUACUCGAGAUGGAUGGAGACCACAACAAUUUAAAUCCUCCCGCAGUAGUAAAGCGGGAUCUAUCUCUCAACGUCCUGAAGAUUUUAUGGAUGAAGAGGACACUGGAGAAUUUGGAAUCGCACCAUCUGGUAUUCGAGCUACAAGUGAUUUCGCAGAUCAAAAUAAGAAUGAGAAGAAAAGACGUAGAGGACAAAGUUAUAAUCAAGAACCUAUUCCUGGUGUUCCUGUAUUAAAGGAGUUACUUAAGCCAGUCACUGAUACUGUGGGUGUAACUUUAUUAAAAAGAAUGGGAUGGAAACCGGGUCAAGGUAUUGGCUUGAGACUUACAAAAAGGGAGAAAAAAAGAAUUCGUGAAAAAAAUGCGAAGAAGAAAGUUUAUGGAUGUUCGUUACCUGGUCAAGAGUUUGUUACUUCGAAAAGUGAUUCGGAAAAUUCUGAUGAUGAACAAGAAGAUGAUAAUGGUCAAGCUAUUUUAUUUGCUCCUGAUGACUAUGAACCUUUCAGAUGUAAUCCCAAGGAUAAUUAUUUUGGACUUGGCUACAGCGGAUUAGAUCGUCGACCAGUGCUAUCAGGUCACGUAAAUCUUUUCGACACGCCCGCAUUUCAGUUACAGGAAAAAAAUAAAAAGCUUUCAAUUCGUGGUCAAGCUUUUGGAGUAGGAGCAUUUGAGGCGGAUGAUGAAGAUAUCUACGCUGUGGACGACAUGUCUCGCUAUGAUUUUACUCUUGGUCCAGAGGUAAAGAAAAAGAAUCGAUGGUCGAAAGAAGAAAAAGCAGCAUGCUCACAAUCGAAGUGUAUUCCAGGAUUUGUACCAGGUAAAAACAAUUUAGAGAGAAAAAAACCUUAUGAACCACCCGUGUUACCGAAAGACUUCAAGCCAAUUCAUCUAACCAGGAAAAGUCGGUUUGAUUGUCCCGAUGAAUCAACUAGUAACAUUAAUCAGCAAAAAUUAAGCAGACCUCAAUUAAAUGCUGAAGAGAGAGGGAUAAUAUUAGGAGAAUCCACACGUACUCCGUUAACUGGCAGCAAGCAAGAAAUAUCGGUAAUGGGUCAAAAAAUUCAAACCAAGAGUUCUACAGCAUCUAAUAUUAUUACAAGAACGCUGAAUCUCAAUGGAAGAGAACAACAGGAAAUGCGAACACAGUUGAAGGAUCAAAAGUUCGAAACAUCGAAAACGUGGCUCGAUAAAUUGAAUCUAACAAAUUUUGUUUGUGGUGGUGUUGAAGGAACUAAUCCGAAUUCUUCCGGAAGUUUGAAGCAGUUAAAGGACUUUCAAUCCACCUGUUCGCUUGUAGAAACAAAAGUAAGAACGAAUGAAGAAAAUAAAGAAGAUUGUGACGAUUUGGAAUUUAUAAAAUCGUUCACGACCGAUGUAGAUAAACAAAAACGGUUUCUAAAGUAUUUUGAUAUUUUAAAAAAUGGCGGUGAAGAUAAAUUAAAGAGUCUAGGAUCUUUAAAAGUGACCGAAUGGGAACAAAACCAUGAACAUGAAGAAUUUGAAGAAGCGGUACGGUUAUUUGAAAAGAAAAACGCUUCAGAAAGUUUAAGUAAAUUUGCAAAGGAAACUACUUCGAACAGUUGUUUAAGUUCUUCUGUAGAACCGGCGGUGAGUGCAGCAAAAAUGAACAUGUUUGGAAAACUUACUAGAACAGUUGAUACUUGGCAGCCUGCGAGUAUUGUCUGCAAAAGAUUUAAUAUUCCAGAACCUAAAAGUGGAUGUAUGCAACCAAAGCUUCAAAAGAAUAAAAAGUAUUCUGUUUUUGAGUCUCUCGAUAUUUUGGGGGAUGGAAAUAAAUUUCAAAAGGCUGUUGAAACGGCUGGAAGCUAUAAAGAACCGUAUAUACCAUAUAAAAUAGCUGAUAAGAGUGUUAGAAGUGAUGAUAGUGAUGUUAAAAAUUCUGAAGAGGCCUCUAACCAUUUGAAUAGUGAUGUGAAUUCUACUAAAUCAAGUAAAAGUACUGAAAACUUCAAAGCAUCAUAUGAAAAAGUAUUUGGAAUGAAUAAUUUAAAUGAAACAGGUGUCCCAGCAAUCAAUUUAAAAUCGUCAUUUGAAAGUUUGAAUGAUAAAAAAUCUAAUAAAGAAAAAGAAGAUAUGGAAACAGGUGAAAUUUCAUCAGUAAUUCAAUCUAAAGAAAAUACUGAGGAAAAAAAGGAUCUUUUUAAAGCGAUAUUCUUAAGCAGCAGUGAUGAAUCGGAAUCAGAGAACGAAACGAAUGAGGAUGUAGAUAGCAACACCGUAAAGUCACUUCUAAUUGGAAAACCUGUGGGCGAAUUAAAUGUUCAAAGGAAUACAUCUCCACCGCGAGGGAUCUUUGCAAAAUUAGAUCUUGAUGAUAUUUUGGUACCUGGUAAAAUAACAGAGAAGAGUAAUGAGAAUCUUAUUCAGUUGCAAGAUAAGCAAAAAGGAACAACUGAAAAAUUAGCUGUAGCUCAUCUAAAUAAAAGUAUUCCUGAUGAGAAACCAACUCAAACAGUUGAAACUGAAGCAUUAAACGAAGCUUCUAAUACUGCUGAUGCUGACGCUGAAGUCUUACCGGAUGUAUAUGGGCCUGUUCUUCCGAGUAAACCAUCGACACACAACAAUUCUAAUGACUCUACUGAUAUCCAGAAACCAAUAUUCAAGAGUGUCGUUGUACCGAAGUUAAAUAACCCAGAAAUUAUGAAAUGGGUGGAGAAAAGCAAAGCUAAAAAAUCGAAAAAAGAAAAGAAAAAACACAAGCACAAGCAGAAAGAGAAAAAAAAGCACAAGUCUAAAAGAAAACAUUGAAUGCUGAAGUAAUUAUUUACUGGCUCAAUAUUUUUUUUUUUUGAUGUAAAUAAUAAAUUAUAUUUGUAUAGAAACAGAGAUAAACGACUUUAAUUCUUGAAU